AUGCCGUUCGUGCCGGGGUGCGUGCAGUGCGGGACCCGGAGCAACCCGUGCCGGUGCAAGGUUCUCGGCCCGACGCUGGGGUUCGUGGCCUUCGUCGCCACCGGCGUCGUGGAGUGGCCGCUGGGCGCGGUGGUGUACCUCUUCCGCCACCACAAGGGCCGCCGCAUCAUGGGACACCCGGCCAGGGUCGUCUACCCGCGCGUCACCAGGGCGAUCCCGAUAUGAUCAUCAUCAGGCGCGCCACAUUCCUGUAUACUUACUUGGUCAGCUGCUUGUGUCGUGUGCGUGAGUGAUUAUUCGAUAAUAAGGGGUUGUGUGGUUCGUGUUGUAACAGGC